AUGACUGUUUUUGGGCAAGAUGUCUCUUUGCGAAUCAUCCAAUAUAAGAAAAAUGAAGGGGAAAAAGCUCAAGAUUUAUGGCCGGCGAGAAGCGAUGCUCACGAUACAAUACAAAAAGAAGAAAUUCAAGAAGCUUCCAGAACGAUAGAUCAAACUUUACAAGUAUCAGGAACCAAAGAGUCUCAUCUAGUGUACAUUCAAACCCAAACUAUCCCCGUAUGUGGCGGUAGCGCUUUGAUACUCAGAAUAGAGC